AUGUCUCUGCACAAACAAAUAUCAGGGUGGUCAUACAACAAAGGAGUGCCACUGCUUGUGUUUGAGUUCAUGACCAAUGGCAGCUUAGACCAACAUCUCUUCCAAAGAGGCGGCAAUAGCACCAGGCAGCGAAACACAGAUGGCGCCAUCCGGCAAUGGGCAACCCGCUACGAGAUCAUCAGAGGCAUAGCCACCGGCUUGCACUAUGUCCACCACGAGUAUGAGCCCAUGGUGCUCCAUCGCGACAUCAAGGCGAGCAACAUCAUGUUGGACUCGAGCUUCCAGGCCCGCCUCGGCGACUUUGGCCUGGCAUGCACUGUCGCCGUCGAUAGGAACUCUGUCACCGGUGUGGGUGGCACUUGGGGCUACAUCGCGCCAGAGUACCCGGUUUGUCGCAAGGCGACACGGCAAACUGACAUCUACGCGCUUGGGGUGCUUAUCCUUGAGGUCGUCACUGGGCUGCGGGCAUUGGCUGACCACGAGGUGGUGGAUGAUGAUGACAUGCAUAUCACCGAUAGGGUGUGGCGUCUUCACCGUGAGGGGAGGCUACUGGAGUGUGUGGAUGCCAUGCUGACCAAUGGUUCUACUCCAGAGGACGAGGAGCAUCUAAAAAAUACUGGUGAUGUGGAACGCCUGCUCCUCCUGGGCUUGGCCUGCAGCAACCCGAAUCCAUCGGACCGACCAACCAUGCCCGAUGUGGUGCGUGUCAUCACCAAGUCUGCACUACCACCACAGGUGCCUCCUCAGAAGCCAAGAUUUGUGUGGCCGCCGCGGGAAGAGGGACGUUCAGUGGCCUCCGAUGAUGGUAGCACAGAUACAUCUAUGAUGAGUAAUCUCGACAAUA